AUGCGUCUUGGGCGACUCAAGUUCAUUCCGUACUCGUCCAUGCUCGCGCUCAUGGGCGCGCUCUCACGUGACAUCAGCCACCACCACGAGUUCCGCUUCCGCAUAGAAAGCUUCGUUCCGGUGGCGCUGUUCGUGGCAUGCACGCACGUCAUGACGCACUACUACAACGAGUACUUCGACUACGAGGCCGAUCUCGCUAACAAGAAACGCGGAAAGUGGAACGGCGGCUCGGGCGUGCUUCCCGAGGGCCUGCUGCCGCGCUGGCUCGCGCUCGCCGCGGCGAACGUUCUCCUCGUUGGGAGCGUCAUCACACAGCUCGCCUUCUUCGCUCGCCCCGCGCAGUGCGUCGCAUGCGCGACGCUCUUCCUCUCGUGGGCGUACACCGCGCCGCCGUUUAAGCUCCAUUAUCGGGGCUUGGGCGAAGCGACUGUCGCCGCCGUGCUGACGUGGGGCGUCCCCGUGAUGGGAGCGCUGCAGCGCAGCGACGACGACGCGUUCGUGCUUCCCACGUCGCUCCGCGCGAUCAUCCCGCUCCUGUGCGUGCAGCAGUUGGUGCGGAUGAUGGUCAUGAACCUUCCCGACAUUGAUUCAGACCUGCACGCUGGUCAUACUGCUGCUGGAAAGCCUGUAAAUACUAUCAUGCACUUCGGGGAUCUCCCGUACCAGGCGACGAUUCACGUGGCGUCGACCGCGCUGAUGCUGGUCCUUGCACAAGCGCUGGUGCUGAUUACGCAGUGA